AUGUGUGCCACCACCACUUAUUCCCCGCCCCCCUGCCCCAUUUUCUUAUUAGUCCAGAAGAAACACAUGUCAGGUAUUCAGGAAAAUACUCCUCAGUUGUUUCCUUCUGUGUGUCAGGCACAAUUCAGUGUACAGGGAGAAUGAAAAUGUGAUAACUGCACCUGCUUCCAUAAGCUGUCCAUUUGAACUGGGGAAAUAAAGUUGAUGGAAGCCAUCCCUGGGUGUGGAGGUGCACAUCCAUGACCACAGCCCUUAAGAGGCUGAAGCAGGAGAAUGAUGAGUUUGACACUAGUCCUAGCUACAGAGUAAGGUCACAUGUGAGAGACAAGAACAAGAGUUGAUCGCCAAACUGAAGGUAGCCAAGGGAACACUUAGAGUGGUCCAUGCUGGCAGAGAUCCAAGUGAGCAAGGCGUCAUGGAAAUGAGGCAAAAGAAUGGAGAGACCCUGAGGAGAGGAUGGGAUGAGUGCUAAAUAAGGCUUAUCUUUAAGAGCACGAAAGAGACAGUUUAAAAAGUGACUGAACUUGAUGCUAGACUUAAUGUUGUGGGCAAAGGAAGGAGACAGAUGUCAAAACUGCCAUCUAAGCAUGCCAUGAGGACCAUAGGCUCUCAGGAUGUGAGGACAGCUCAUCACUUUAUAAAGCUGCAUAAUUGGCUCAAAGAGGUUUGUGUUCUAAGUGACAGAAGGCUCUCUAUGUGGAGACAUUGAAUCUUCUGAGGAGUAGGUUGUUUGUAUGCAUCUAAGAGUCUAGGUUGGUAUGGAGAAUGUGGGUCUCACUUGUGAUGGAGAAGUCAGGUGUGUGGUCACUCAGGGACCAGAGGAGCCUAAAAGUCAGCCCGCCAAGAAACCAUGUAUGUUUCUGUAAACACAACCCAGUGCUUUCACUUACUAUACGCUCCUAGAGAUUUUCUGUGGGAUGAUAUAUGAUACUGCUUGAAUCCUACUCCAUUUACAGGUGAUAUAUGAUACUGUUUGAAUCUUACUGCAUUUACAGAUGAGCAAAUUUCUAAUAACUAAAUUGUCACAAAGCUGUUCUUAGAAGGUUUUCUUUGUCUUUGUUUUGUGAAACACUAUAUAGCCCAGACUGGCCUUAGACCCUCACUCUUCCUGCCUCUACUGCCAAGUACUAGAAUUACUGGUGCAAGCCAGCACAUCUGGCUUUAUACUCUUUUAUUUUUUUUUAAGAUUAAUUUAUUUACUGAGCAUGCCAGCCACUGUGUCAGUCCUUGAAUCCAGGGUAGAGGAAGGCAGUUGACACAAGUCUUUGCUCUUUAUAUCAGCAGAUUACAUUCACAUUGGCCUUGAAAUAGAAAUUCAAAAGGGGCUUUCUUUUCUAAUUACCUAUGUUACUUAAUAGCAGUGGAUGUGUGGGUCUGUGCUACGCUUUCAAAAUCAGAAUCUCCAGGGGAGGCUAUGACUCUGCUGCUAUUAAGAACUCCACAGGCAAUGCCAGUAUUCAGUGGUGAUUGGGAGCUACUGGUACAGGAUAUAGUCUGAAAUUAUAGAAAGACUAGAAAAUGUUUAUUCAAAUGUAGGAAAUAGAGUUGAGGACCCUUGGCAACAUUUGAAAACUUGAGUUCCAUAUAACAACCUCACCAGGGAAUGUAGUUCAUUAGAAAAACUCAGAGGGAAAAAAAUAACAAAAUGACCUUUAAAUACAUCUCAGGAACAGAAAAUGAUGCAAGAUCUUACUGGGAGCCAGAGUUUCUAUUUAUAAAUUUUAUAAGAUUAUGUUCAUAACUAAUGUCUUAAUAUAUUCAAAAUAAACAAUGCUCAGCAGGUAGAAAGACUUCGCAGUAGAUCUUUUUGAUUCAUUAAGUGACAACUAAGGAAGCUUGUUUGGAGGCGUUCUGUUAGACAUUGGGUUGACUAGUUAUUAAAGUUUAAGUUAGAGCUAGGGAGAUAGCUCAGGAAAGUGCUUGUCUUACAAACAUGAGACCCUGAGUUUAAUCCCUAGAACUCACAUGCAGUUGUUGGUCAUGGUGGCAUGCUCUUAUAAUCCCUGUGCUGGGGCAGUGGAGAUGGACAGAUUACUGAGGGCUUGCUGUCCAGUCUAACCUCACAUGGAUAUGUUACUAUAUAUACCCAUAUUCAUAUGAACAUGCAUAUAGAUACAACAUAUAUGCCAGAAAAAGCUUUCUAGAAAUUCAGAUAGUCCUUUUUAAAUAUGUCAAACAAUAUUUAAAAUCACCCUAUAGGUAUAUUUUCUCCUUCUGCCCACUAUAUAGAAAUUGUAUAUAAGAACUAGGCAAUUUCUUACUUUUGUGUAUGUUCAUAUGUAUAUGGGCACACAUUCAUGCAUCUAUGUGCAUGCAUAUACAUGGAAGCCUGCCAUUGCUGUCAGGUAUCUUCCUCAAUCACAGUGUACCUUGGAUUGAGGCAGGCUCUCUCACUGAACCUGGAGCUUGCCAUCCCAGCUAGUCUAGGGUACUAAGAGGAUUCCCUGUCUUUGCUCUCUACUAUGCUUCCCUGUACUCUGGGCUUAUAGACAACACACACACACACACACACACACACACACACACACACACACACACACCCAGUGGAUUCUGAGGAUAUAAACUCCCAGUCCUCAUGCUUGGUCAGAAGAGACUUACUUAGCCAGAGUCACCUGUCUAGCCCUUAGAGGGCUUCUUAUGAACAUAGAAAUGACCUGGUGACAGAUAGUUUGGCGGAAAUAACAAGAAGCAGGUGCAGUAGGCAUGUAUUUUCUUACCAACAAGAAAUAUAAAAGAAAAGGCUUUAGAAUGUUUUGGGAGAGUGACAUAAAUUAUUACAAAUCAUAGAUAACAUUGCAAAGGGUGCAGUUUAGAAAAUGGUAUGAUAAUAGGAAGCAGAUAGCCCUAAACACAUUUGCUUGAUUUGUUCUUUGCUUUCAGCUCUCAAAAAAGUUAGGAGACAUAGCUGUUUUUGACAUGAUUAUUAUAGUAUUAGACAUAGUAGCAAAAAUAAUUGAAAAACAAUAUAAAUACUCAGUACUAGAGAACAAAUUUGAUGAGUUAUAACAGAUGGCAGGAUGGGCUUUUCAUGUAUCCAUUAAAAUAAUAAUUUCUAAAAAUCAUAAAAUUGUAAAUGUUUGUUUUUAUAUAAUGUUAAGUCGAAAAGUAUCCAUUCAUAAUGGUAAACAGAAUUUAGGUAACUACAUAUGCGCAUAUACUUAAGACAUACUUGGCUGUAUUUCUUGAGAAUAGCUUUAAGAUUCCUUCUUCCAUGUGUACUGCUGAACACUCACAACCAUCAACCACGUGGAUCACAGCAGUAUGGAAAGCAGCUUUUGACCUCACAGCACUGGUGGAGAAUAGAUUUCGUUUUCUACUGUUUUCUCAAGCUUUUUGCUUUGGAUUUGGCGUCCCUUUCCACGGAGUAUUCUCAGUACAAGGACUGGUGGUGGAAGGUCCAGAUUGGCAAGUGUUACUACAGGUUAGGAUUGUACCGUGAAGCAGAGAAACAAUUUAAAUCAGCUCUGAAGCAGCAGGAAAUGGUAGAUACAUUCCUCUAUCUGGCAAAAGUUUAUAUCAUACUGGAUCAACCUGUGACUGCUUUAAAUCUAUUCAAACAAGGCUUAGAUAAGUUUCCAGGAGAGGUGACCCUGCUUUGUGGAAUUGCCAGGAUCUAUGAGGAAGUCCAAGGCUCUCUCUCCACAGAGCCUCAAAAGGCCCUGGCCGCCUCUCUGCUCUUCUGGGCAUUGCUUCUUUUCCAGGAUCACUUGGGAAUGUUUCUUGAAAUGAACAAUAGUUCAUCUGCAGCAGAGUACUACAAAGAAGUUCUAAAACAAGACAAUACUCACGUGGAAGCUAUCGCCUGCAUUGGAAGCAACCACUUUUAUUCUGACCAGCCGGAGGUUGCCCUCCGGUUUUACAGGCGCCUCUUGCAGAUGGGAGUUUAUAACUGCCAGCUUUUCAACAACCUGGGGCUAUGCUGCUUCUAUGCCCAGCAGUACGACAUGACUCUGACCUCGUUUGAACGUGCCCUUUCCCUGGCUGAAAAUGAAGAAGAGGCCGCUGAUGUCUGGUACAACCUGGGACACAUUGCUGUGGGAAUAGGAGAUACAAACUUGGCCCAUCAGUGCUUCAGGCUGGCCCUGGUCCACAACAACCACCAUGCUGAGGCCUACAACAACCUAGCAGUGCUGGAGAUGCGGAAGGGUCACACUGAACAGGCACGAGCGCUCUUAGAAACUGCAUCAUCUUUGGCACCCCAUAUGUAUGAGCCACAUUUUAAUUUUGCAACAGUCUCUGAUAAGAUUGGAGAUCUUCAGAGAAGCUAUGUUGCAGCCCAGAAGUCUGAAGCGGCCUUCCCUGAGCACGUGGACACACAGCACCUAAUCAGGCAGCUAAAGCAGCAUUUUGCUAUGCUCUGAUCAGUCCUGGGACCAAACGUGUCUUCAUGCAGGGCCAGCACACAGGGGAGAAAACGUUGUGAGUGCGUUUGUAUCAGUAAUGCGAGGCAGACCUUGUAAGGUGUCCUACAAGACUAAACCAGAACCUGUUAGGAGAACUUUGUUGCUUUGUGAGAUAAUACCAUAAAAACAGGAUGGAAGCAUUUCCACGUUUAGCUCCAUCAAUUUAAAAAUUUAUUAUUAGAUACAGACAUUUUCAAAGAAGUACGGCAUAUAUGCUGGGUGCGCUUCUGUCAUGCUCGCUCCCCGUUGUCCCCUUUGUGCCCACUUUCAUGUCAUCUGUAUGGAUGUGAUGGUAGGUAUCUGAGGAAGGCCUAGAAGCCACAGAUUAGAGAAGAAACACAGCAUUUGUUUUUCUGAGUCUCACUCAAUUAGUUUCGAGUGUGUACUAUAGUAGUAUAGGUUGGUCGUGAAUUAAAUCCCCCGCCUCAGCUUCCUGAGCGCUGUGCUGUGGUUACAGAUGCCACCAUGCUCAGGUGGCUUCAGCAUUUCUAAGGAGAUGAAGUCUCCUCUCACCAUGCAUGGUAGAUAUUUGUAUACAAUUGUUAAACAUUCUUGGAACCUCAAUUUUUUUUUUAUAAGUGUGUAUUUUAAAACUCUUUAAGCAAAAAAAAAAAAAAGUCUUUAAGCAUUAGCUAUCAUUAAAAACUUAGGAGGUCAGAAAUCUGCUUUAAAAGUUUUGGUUUUAUGGCUAAUAAUAUGUGUGUUUAUCACAAGUGCUUUAAUUAGAACAUUAAAAUUUGUAUUUUAAACUAUUUUAUCAUAAACUUUGUAUUAUAUAUUGCACUUUAAAAUAAAUCAGUAUAUAAAGCACUUCU